AUGACUUUGAUCAAUGCUUUCAAAGGGAGUGCCUUUCUUCAAACGCUUUUCCCUCUCCUAGCAUGUGCUAUCUCAUUGCUUCUGCUCCUUUAUCAAGCGGGUUAUCAGCUCCGGCACACGAAGCGAUUGUCUAUAUACAAGCCCAUCAACAUUGAGGAUGUGUUGGAGAAUGAAGAAUCGGGCAGGGAUGACGACAGCGUAGCGGAGCUGACCUUGCAAAAUACUCUCAGUCGAACAGUCACUUCUGUCCGAGAAAUUGACGAACCCGCCGGCGAAGUGGUAUUCGUUGUUGCCGAGGUCGUGGCUCUUCUAGGGCAGGUCAUUGUCAGUGUCAUUGGGGUACUUUCGCCACAUAUGCCUCCUUCACAUGGACCCUAUGGGGAUGUGGCUAUUUGGUCCUACCUCCUUCUGCUUGCAGCCACUCGAUUGUUCCUAUCGACUAAAAAGUGGCGUUUGUCUUCGCUAAAGCUAUGGGCACACAGCGCGUUUCUGUAUGUGCCACAGUGGUUGGUCGAUUUUGUUCGCUUUCGCUCUGUGCUCGUUCACCCAGAAGUGGUGUCAAGCACUACACGGGUCGCCACUGUGAUUGGAUUUGCCCUCUCUACUGCCCUUCUCUUAAUUGUAUUGCUCUCGAGAAAGGGUAACAAGACUGUUUUGCUGGAACACGAAGGUAACCUCGAACCUUCUCGCGAACCUCUCGCAAGCCUCUUAUCCCUGGCGAUGUUCGGUUGGGUUGAUGCGAUAAUAUGGCGUGGCUACAAGAAGACCCUGGAGCUGAGCGAUGUCUGGGAUCUGCAUAUGAGAGACAAAGCCGCAACAGUGCUAUCUGAGUUUCGACAAAUAAAGAAAACCCACAGCCUUGCCAUUCGACUUCUUCUGUUCUUCAAACGCAAAUUGCUGAUACAAGGCAUCUGGGCGAUGUUUGCCAAUCUCUUUACUUUUCUGCCGACCUUGCUGCUGAAGGGGAUACUAGAGCAUCUCGAAGACCCUACAGCGACUCCAGCAAGCGCCGCGUGGCUCUAUGUCAUGUUAUUGUUCAUCUCAGGUGUUGUCAAAACGGUUGGAGAUAAUCAAGCUCUGUGGAUUGGACGGAGGGUCUGCAUACAACUCCGAGCCAUCAUCAUCGGCGAGAUCUACUCCAAAGCUCUUAGAAGGAGAGCUGCUGCGUCUGCUGAAACUGAGCUUGGGCAAGACAAAAAAGGUCAAACUCCCAUCCCUUCCGCGAAGAGAAUGAAGCGAAAAUUUUUGUCUAUUUCUCGACGGAAGACUCAAGACGUGGGUAAGGAUGUUAAUGUCGACAGAUCUCCUUCUGAUACUCAGGCGAACAACGGGACUAUAAUCAACCUAAUGUCAAUUGAUUCCUUCAAAGUCAGCGAGGUUGGUGCGUAUCUCCACUUCUUGUGGGCCAGCGUUCCGGUGCAGAUCAUACUUGCUGUGGUUCUGGUCUAUAGGAUCUUGGGAAGGAGCUCUCUCGCAGGAAUAUGCAUCAUGGUGUUUAUCAUGCCUCUGAAUUUCUUCAUAGCCAGAUCCUUUCAGCGAGCUCAAAAGAAGAUCAUGGCAUCAACUGAUGCUCGUAUCCACUCUACGAAUGAGGUUCUUCAAAACAUUCGAAUCAUUAAGUAUUUUGCAUGGGAGCGGCGUUUCUCGGCUAAGGUGAGCGACAAGCGCAGGACCGAGUUGAAGGCCUUGCGUAACAAGUACAUAUUGUGGGCGUCCGCUGCCAUGAUAUGGAGUGGUGUGCCAAUUCUGACGACUUUUGCAUCUUUUUUCAUCUACACUGUGGUGGAGAAGAAGAGUCUCGUACCGUCAGUCGCGUUCCCAGCACUUUCAAUGUUUGCCCUGCUCCGAGUGCCCUUGGAUCAACUUGCAGACAUGAUCGCACACGUCCAAGAAGCCAAAGUGUCAGUCGAUCGUGUCGAACAGUUCUUGAGUGAAGAAGAGACCGAAAAGUAUGUCCAGCUCCGUCAGUCGAGAUUAGCGAACGAGGAAACACCAAGAAUUGCCCUAGAACAUGCAACCCUAAGCUGGACUGCUGGUGCGGAGACUAGCAGCAAGGUCUGCACUGCGGGAGCGUUUCACUUGAUCAACGUUGAUGUGAGCUUCGAGCCAGGACGACUUAACGUGAUAGCCGGCCCUACAGGUUCUGGCAAGACGUCGCUUCUGAUGGCUCUUCUCGGUGAAAUGAAGCUCCUGAAUGGACGCGUUCAUAUCCCGGGCGGAAGUAUUCGACAGACUCUGCGACCUGAUCCGAGGACAGGCCUUACCGAAAGUGUUGCCUUUUGUGCGCAGCAAGCGUGGCUAGUAAACGAUACAAUUAAGGAAAAUAUUCUAUUCGCCUCCGCAUUUGACUCGACCCGCUACCAGAGUGUAAUCGCUGCAUGCGCUCUCGAAAGAGACCUAGAAAUCUUAGACGCUGGUGACCAGACACUGGUCGGUGAAAAGGGAAUCGCGCUAUCAGGAGGUCAGAAACAAAGAAUCUCGUUGGCUCGGGCGUUAUAUUCCAAUGCACGGCAUGUGCUCCUUGACGAUUGUCUUAGUGCCGUUGACUCUCAUACUGCAAGGCACAUCUUCGAGAAUGCUAUCCAGGGUGAUAUGAUGCAAGACCGAACUUGCAUAUUGGUUACCCACAAUAUUUCCCUGGCUCUUCCCAGUUCUAGUUAUGUUGUUGUGCUCGAUAAUGGCAAGAUUGCAGCUCAAGGUCCCCCAGAUACAGUCAUUCAGAGUGGUGUACUUGGGGAGGAGAUCUCCAGAUCCAGACCUGCGUCACGCGGCACCUCUGGAACGCCCUCUCGAGUCGCGUCCAAUCUUGAGGCAAUGUUGACGAAUCUCUCAAGCGCCCAAGAUGUACCCAAUGGUGCUGCCAACGGUCAUAUUGACAUGCAGGGCACAUCCAAACAUGGCAAGAAGAUCGAGGUUCCUUCAAGGAUUGAAUCAAAAGCCGAGGGAAGUGUGAAAACAGCAACCAUUAAGAUGUACAUGAAAGCGAUGGGUCCCUGGUAUUUUUGGAUUGCGGCUCUUGCAGCAUUUGCCGCUACGCAAAUUGGAUCUGUUGCAACCAAUGUAUGGAUCCGCCAGUGGGCCAAUGCCUACCAUGUCUCGAAGCCAUCAGUUCACUACUCUGUGACAGCUGGCCUGCAGCCUUCAGUCAACCUUAGAGACAACCCAAUUUCUAGGCGUUUUGGUAUCGUGUUGCCGCCCUCCUCAUCGCACGAAAUCUCUAUAUCUGGUUCAGCGCAGGAUGUCAACGUCUCUUACUACCUUGGGAUCUAUGCAUUGAUUGGAAUCGCAUACGUACUGAUAUGUUUCUCGAGGGAAAUCCUUCUCUUUGCCGGCUCACUGCAUGCUUCCUGGUGUCUUCAUGAGCGCCUCCUGGAAGCGAUAAUGCGUGCAAAGUUCAAGUUCUUUGACUCUACUCCUUUGGGGCAACUCAUGAAUCGUUUCUCAAAAGACAUCGAAGCCGUCGACCAGGAGGUCUCACCUGUUGCCAUGGGCAUGGUCAGUUGUCUUGCGUCAGUGAUCACCAUCGUUAUUCUUAUAACUGCCAUUACACCUGGAUUUCUUGUCGCUGGCUUUUUUAUCACCUGUAUAUAUUUCGCUGUUGCCAUGUUCUACAUACACUCAUCCCGCGAUCUAAAAAGAAUUGAAAGUGUGCAGCGGAGUCCCCUAUAUCAAGCAUUUGGGGAAACGCUGAGUGGCGUUGUCACGAUCAGAGCUUACGGUGAUGAGUCGCGCUUUAUCAGCGAAAAUCAUCACCGCGUGAAUACCCACAACAGACCAUUCAUCUACUUAUGGGCUACCAACAGAUGGCUGGCAGUUCGCGCAGACUUGGCAGGGGCUCUGGUCGCAUUUUCCGCUGGCGUCUUCGUCAUGCGCAGCUCGGGCAUCAUCGAUCCCGGAGCCGCAGGACUGUCAUUGUCCUAUGCUAUCACGUUCACUGAGAUCGUCCUCUGGCUUGUCAGGUUGUACGGAGCGAACGAGCAGAACAUGAAUUCUGUCGAGAGGGUCAAAGAAUACGUUGAAGUCGAGCAGGAGGCUAGAGCACAUAUCCCGGAAACAAAGCCAGCUGCCAAUUGGCCAAGUCAUGGAGCUGUCCAAUUCAUCGGCUACACAACUCGGUAUCGCGCUGAUCUUGCGCCGGUCCUGCAGAACGUUACUUUCAACGUGAAAGCUAGCGAAAAGGUUGGCAUUGUCGGCAGGACCGGAGCGGGAAAGAGCUCUCUUGCCCUGGCGUUGUUCAGGGGGCUUGAGGCUGAGGCCGGCAAGAUUCUAAUCGAUGAUGUUGACAUUGGUCUCAUCGGUUUGCAAGAUCUACGAGAGGCGAUUACGAUUGUGCCGCAAGAUCCAACGCUUUUUGCAGGAACGCUCCGGUCCAAUCUAGAUCCAUUCGGACUGUUCACAGACGAAGAGAUUUUCACGGCCUUGCGGCGAGUGCAGCUGAUCUCCUCCAUUAGACCGGAGUCCCCAGCUUCAUCUUCAGCAUCUCCAACGAUGUCCAGCGCUGCUCCAACGUUGAAUGCCAUCUCGGCUGCUCAUACUGGCACUCUGGGGUCGGAAUUGUCCGACUCAACCCUUGUCAGGUUUGUCAGCAACACCCGCGAGAACAAGAAUAUCUUCCAUGAUCUUUCAUCGAAUGUUAGCGAGUCUGGAAAUAAUCUUUCGCAGGGACAGCGACAGCUGCUCUGCCUUGCUCGUGCGUUACUCAAGUCGCCGAAGGUCUUGAUUAUGGAUGAGGCUACCGCUUCAAUUGACUAUGCAACCGAUGCCAAAAUUCAAGACACUCUACGGGAAUUGAAAACCCACACCAUAAUCACCAUUGCGCACCGAUUGCAGACUAUCAUUGACUAUGACAAGGUGCUGGUCCUGGAGAAAGGGAAGGUCGCCGAAUUUGACGAUCCUUGGGACUUAAUCAAAAGGGAAGAGGGCUCUUUCAGGGCGAUGUGUGAGACUAGCGGUGAUUUUGAUACCCUGUAUAAGCUGGCACGAAAAUCCUGGCAGGAUAGGAGACUGGUGGACGACGAAUAG